UGUUGUAACAAGCCAGUUGCCUGGAAAUGACAUGUUCCAGUUUUGUACAGUGAACCCAGUCAUAUUUGGACAUGAGAAAUGCUCUUGAUUCGUAUGGUGCAGGCCCAGGGUGUGUUCAGCAUUUCCUGUUCUGAAGGUUUAAGGCAGAUCCUUGCCAAAGCUUCGCCACAAGUUUCUGAAAUCGGCUCCCUGGUGGGUCCUUGUCUCUGCAGCAAGCCAGUGUCAAAGCUGUCAUGAAGGUUCAGGUAUUCUUCGCGAUCCCAGUUUUCUGUCUUGGCAUGGCAAACAGCCUGACAUGCCAGAAGUGCUUGAACAGGGAAGGCAAAUGUGCGAAGAACGAAGUGGAGGUUUGCAACCCAUCUCAAGACUCCUGCGUCUUUGAGAGCAAGGACUACCAUGGUUUGGAUGCAGCCACAUCAAAGCUGGGCUGUGGUACCUCAAACUAUUGCCGUCGUUAUCCUGAAGGAACUAGGGGGCUUUUGUAUCGGGCAGUGUACUGUUGCGCUUCUGAUCUAUGCCAACCUGUGGAUCGUCACGUCAGCAGAAGUGGAUCCCAAAACGGUCUGGUGUGUCAGAGCUGCAUCGGGAACAAAGCUGAUUGUGGCCAUAAUGCACCUUCACAGCCAUGCUACGGGAAAGAAGACCGAUGCGUGCAGAUUUCCCAGUGCUUCCUACCAGGUGAAAGAUUAGAACCUAUCAUAAAGGGAUGUGGAGACAGUGCCUUUAAGGACACACUGGUAGCAUACCAGAUCGGGAAAGAUUUCGCCUACGUUGACCAAAAGGUCUGCAUUCAGUCCAACUGCAACAACAGGAGUUUCCCAGUCAUACCUUCUGGACAACCCAACGGAUUGCAGUGCUAUACCUGCCAAGAUUUGGGGCAUGGGGAGUGUGCCCGGGACAGACUGCAGGUUUUGAACUGCACAGGAGUCAUGGACCGGUGUGUGCAUAUCAUAGACAGAGAUAACACAACUGUGACCAUCCAAAAAGGCUGUGCCACUGAGACCAUGUGCAACAGCUACAGUGAUAUAUAUUACAAUCUGAUAAGGCAGGAUUCCUUUGCAAAAUGCUGCAAAACAUCCCUCUGCAACCGAGCAGGAGAUCUUUUUGGUCCAGAGAUGCUGCUGAUGGUGGCUGCUUUCGCCUUGUGGCUGGCAUGGAUGGCUUGAACGUAAUUGGGGUUGUCUGGAUGAGCUUUUCAAAAAGGGUCAUAUAGCUAUUCUCUGAAGGCUGGUUUUAUACAUGAUAUGGAAAUAGUUUUUUUUAAUGGCAUUUCCUGUACCUGUAGUUCAUAUGCAAUGCUUGUCUUGGUUAAACUGGCCAUUUGAUUUUUAA